GCGCGUUACAAACAGUCGUAGAAAGAACAUCAUCACGAUAUCAUCAUUAUUCUUCGGAAAAUUAGAAAAAAAUUUUAAACAUAUAUCCUAUGUAAAAUUCUAUAAAGGAAACAUUUCGAAUAUGUGAACAUCAAAUGAAAAUCAUCAUGCAGUGAAAGUGACAAUCAAUCGGUCUGUGAUUGGUAAACAAAUUAAAAAUCGUUACUCAAACGGAAAAGUGCCGUGUUUAAUGGUAGAGUGGUAUCACUGCAAUGUGAUACCACAAGAAAAACAUCACCACGGAAAAGAACAAGAAAGACGAAAAGCGACCAAAACGAACAAGAAUAUCCGACAUGAGGUGGGUUGACAUCCGAGGUUUGAAGUGCGCGACAGCACUCCGAAACGGAGUAAAAGUGGCAAUGUACGAAAGUAGCUGCUCCUACGCUGGAGCUCUGGAAUUGAAACGAAGUGCUUUAAAAGAAGACCCCUGGCCAACUGCAGAAUGGCCGCCUUAUCGUUUACAUCAAUCUACCUUCGAGCAACUGAAACAAAGUGUAGAAAAAGCCAAGGCCGCUCUACAGGACAGAUCAGGAUUACUCGGCACAGCUACAGCGUUUGGAGACUUUUAUGGAGGCCAAUUGGGACAGGACACAACAACUACGAACCAUGGCUUUGGAAGAUCCAGAACAGAUGAAUCUAUAAUAGCUUCAAUAGAGAAAAAUAAGAGUUUAGGUUCAGAGAAAUUAUCAGGUGGACUAUCAAAAGGCUACUCUUCCUCUGCUAAUCUGACAGAUACUCUUAGAGGAACUAAGUGUUCAGAUGCGUCUUACAAAAGUACCUGGUCUACACAUGCAACGUCACAGGGUUCGCAAGGUUAUGGCAGCAAUUCCUUAUCUGCUAUGUCAAAAUCCACAUUAGAUGCGCACACGCAUCUUCGUCAGCCAGACCCCUAUCAAAUGUUUGGACCGACUAGCAGCCGUCUAGCGAAUUCAGGAUCUGGCCAGAUUCAGUUGUGGCAGUUUCUUCUGGAACUGCUCAGCGAUUCAAGCAACGCGGGCUGCAUCACCUGGGAAGGAACCAACGGAGAGUUCAAACUCACGGACCCCGACGAGGUGGCCCGUCGUUGGGGCGAACGGAAAUCCAAGCCAAAUAUGAACUACGAUAAGCUUAGUAGGGCUCUGAGAUACUACUAUGACAAGAAUAUAAUGACAAAGGUGCAUGGUAAACGAUAUGCGUACAAGUUCGAUUUCCAAGGACUGGCUGCGGCCACCCAACCAGCUGCUAGUGAUCCCGCUUAUAAGUACCAGAGUGAUCUCUUCAUGAGCUCAUACCAUCACUCCGCGAAGCUGUCGUCCUUCAUGGCACCCCACGCUGCCAUGCCGACAUCCACAGCGUCAAUAUUCCCGUCAGCGUCAUGGAGUAAUUGGGGUGGUGGUGGCGGCAACCUUUACUCACCACAUUCGAUGGCACCACCCCACGUCACCUCACACCUAGGCUCCUAUCCUCACUACGCAUGACCGACCUAUUGACUCACCACGACAACACAUUAUGUCCACAUAACAUCUCCAUUUUGGAACAUGUAACCUAUUCCUUUGUUUAUUUAUUUGAAAUUUAUCACAACAGCUGACCAUUAAAUCUGUAAUCGCAAAUAAAAAUCUUACAAUGAUUACUCCUAACACCAUAAUGUGAACAGUUAGAUAUUAGUCAUGUAUAUGUUUUAUUUUAUUUUAAGGAAUCAUGUUUAAAGCAUCACAACUAUAUCAUGUUAGAAUUCGACGAGAAAAUUGUUUAUAUUUAGUUAGAUAUUAUUUAUUUAAUUAAUUUAUUAUAAAGUAAUUUAUCGCUCCGAAGACGCGUGCAGUCGCCCUAGUCUUUUAUCAAACGUUGUAAAUAAUAGAUACUCAUUAAUUAAGUAGAAUUAUAUUAUUUAUUUAGGGUAUGAAUUAUUACAUUUUUAUUCAUCGUGUAACCCUUUUUAAUAUGAAGAAAUGUUAGAAUCAUCUUUUGAUAAAUGUAAAACAAUUUUACUAUUAAAAUACUAGUGCUACAAAAUGCAAAGUAUAUCAUAAAUAAUAACAUAAUAUUACUAAAGCUAUUAAUCAUAAACGAUACCAAAAAUUACAUAGUUAAAUUCAGGUCUGUCAAAACAAAAAGUUUUUAAUCAACCGACAGAUUAUCUUACUCUUGUAGAUUAAACAAAACUUCAUCAAAACGAUCUUUAGGCUGUCAUAAAAAGACGUGAUAGUUCCAGUAUUAACCUGUAUAAAAUAAGCUUAGUGUAAACCAAAAAAAAAAAAAUUAAAUGAAGAAAAAAGUUAAAAAACAUUAAAAUUAAAUGUAUUUUCCUUAUAGAGAGUAGAAAUAAAAUGUGCCAUUCCAAUUUUAUUCAGAAAACUUAAGACAUUUUAGAUGUUUCGUAAUUUAUAAAAUCAAUAAAUUCUAAUUGACUAUCGAUGUUCUAAUUUUAAAAUUUAUUUUCGUUUCUAGAAUCAUAAUCAUUUCGUAAUGUCGUAUUUUUUUUUACACUCUUAAAUUAACCAGUAGUGAUUUAAAUAUAAAAAAAAUAUGUACUGAUUCAUCAUUUAUUACAAGCAGGUAACAUACCGACGUUUUUUAUUAAACAUAAUAGAUUUUUGAAAAAUAUUUAGACCAGAACAGCUUAAUAUGGUAGUUCAUUGCAAACGAUGAUCAAUACAUCAUGUAUCUAAAAUUUUAGCGAAUUCCUUCAUUCUUAGCGAUACCCUUAGAACUAGUCUGCCUUGUCUAAAAACACAGACAGUAUCAACGACAUAUUAGCAAGUAUUCACCUGAUAUAGGCAUUCGUAACGAGGUCUUUUUAUGAGAAAAACUGUUGGAACCACAUUUAAUAAGUUGAGGAUGCGAACUAUAAGGUUAUAAAACAGAACUCGUAGACAACCCUAACAUACCAUUUUCGCUGAAAUGUAAAUACAGUAGUUACUAUUAAAAGUGCAAUCGUACUAAUACACUUUAAAUUGUAGGAAAUAUAUUAAUCAAUCGAACGUUAGUUCUCUUGUAUAUUUUAAAUUACCAUUUUUUUUUUAAUUUAUAUUAUUAUUAUAAUUAUUAUAAAUUAAAAAUAUCUCACCCCAAGUACUUUUAUUUGUACCAAAUAUUACAAAAUGUCGGAUACAUAAAUGACAUAUUUUAUAUUUUAAGAAAUUAUUUUUUAUUUAUACGUAUUAUAUAAUUUUAUCGAUAUCGGUGACCGCUUUCAGCUCUAAGCAUCGAGCCUGCUCCAAAGUGAGACAUUAUUACUCCUUUCAAAAUUAAUAUAAUUAUGUAUAAUACGAACAGUUACCAUUUAUAAUUUAAUAAAUAAAUAAUACAGUCAAUAUCAUAAUGUUAUAAUAUCAUUAAAGUAUAUAUAUAUAUAUAAUUUAUUUAAUUCUAUUAAUUUAUUGUGAUCUUAAUUUUUUAAUUAUUUAUUGCAUGUGUCGAGAUAUUAAAUCCAUUAGACGUAGAGUACAAUUGUAUAGAUGUUAUUGUAUUUGAAAAUGAAUAAAACAUGUGAAAUGUC